GGUUCCUUCGCGGCGCCCCGGCUCCAUGGACGCCCUGUGCGGCUCUGGGGAGCUCGGCUCCAAGUUCUGGGACUCCAACUUGUCCCUGCACACAGACAACCCCGACCUCACACCCUGCUUCCAGAACUCUCUGCUGGCCUGGGCCCCCUGCAUCUACCUGUGGGCUGCCCUGCCCUGCUACCUGCUCUACCUCCGCCGCUACCAUGGCGGCUACAUCGUCCUCUCCCAUCUCUGCAGGCUGAAGACGGCGCUGGGCGCCCUGCUGUGGUGUGUUUCCUGGGCGGACCUCUUCUACUCCUUCCACGGCCUGCUCCGUGGCCAGGCGCCUGCCCCCAUCUUCUUGGUCACCCCCUUGGUGGUGGGGCUCACUAUGCUGCUGGCCACCCUGCUGAUCCAGUACGAGCGGUUGCGGGGCGUCCAGUCCUCGGGGGUCCUCACUGUCUUCUGGUUCCUGUGUGUGCUCUGCGCCAUUGUCCCCUUCCGCUCCAAGAUCCUGUCGGCCGUGGCUGAGGGCAGGAUCUCCGACCCCUUCCGCUUCACCACCUUCUACAUCCACUUUGCCCUGCUGCUCUCUGCCCUCAUCCUGUCCUGCUUCAGAGAGAAGCCGCCCCUCUUCUCCCCAAAGAACAUCGACGCUAACCCCAGCCCAGAGACCAGCGCCGGCUUCCUCUCCCGUCUGACUUUCUGGUGGUUCACCGAGAUGGCCAUCCUUGGCUACCGGCGACCCCUGGAGAAUGGGGACCUCUGGUCUCUGAACGAGAACGACCGCACCCACGUGGUGGUGCAGCAGCUGCUGGAGACGUGGGAGCAGCAGAAGGCUGCACGAUGCGCGGCUGCGUUCAAGGAGAAGGUGUCAGGUGGCGAGGAAGAGGUGCUGGUGGGGGGCCAGGCCCGCCCCCGGGAGCCGUCCUUUCUGAAGGCCCUGAUAGUCACCUUUGGCCCCAGAUAUGUCAUCAGCUCCGGCUUCAAGCUAAUCCAGGACCUGCUCGCGUUCGUCAACCCCCAGCUACUCAGCAUCCUGAUCCAGUUUAUCUCGAACCCCUCCGCCCCCAACUGGUGGGGCUUCCUGGUGGCCGGGCUAAUGUUCGUGUGUGCGGUGGCCCAGACGGUGAUCCUGAACGUGUAUUACCGCCAGAUCUUCGGGGAGGCCUUGAGGCUCUACUCGGCUGUCAUCGGUGUCAUCUACAGGAAGGCCCUGGUCAUUACCAACUCAGUCAAGCGGGAGUCCACCUUGGGGGAAAUCGUCAACCUCAUGUCUGUGGAUUCCCAGCGCUUGUCAGAUGUUGCCCCCUUCCUCAACCUGCUGUGGUCGGCGCCCCUGCAGAUCACCCUGGCAAUCUACUUCCUCUGGCAGAACCUGGGCCCCUCCAUCCUGGCUGGGGUCGCCCUGAUGGUCUUACUGAUCCCGUUCAAUGGAGCUGUGGCCAUGAAGAUGCGGACUUUCCAGGUGGAGCAAAUGAAGCUGAAGGACUCGCGCAUCAAGCUAAUGAGUGAGGUCCUGGGUGGUAUCAAGGUGCUGAAGCUGUACGCCUGGGAGCCCAGCUUCCUGGAGCAGGUGGAGGGCAUCCGGAAGGACGAACUCCAGCUGCUGCGCAAGGCCACCUUCCUGCACGCCAUUUCCACCUUCACCUGGAUCUGCACCCCCUUCCUGGUUACCCUGAUCACCUUCUGGGUGUACGUGUCUGUGGACGAGACCAAUGUGCUGGAUGCCGAGAAGGCCUUUGUCUCCUUGACCCUGUUCAAUAUCUUAAAGAUGCCCCUCAGCAUGCUGCCCAAGCUCAUCAGCGCCAUGGUUCAGACCAGCGUGUCUCUGAAGCGGAUCCAGCAUUUCCUGAGCCAAGAUGAACUUGACCUUGAGUGUGUGGAGAGAAAGACCAUCUCCCCAGGCGAUGCCAUCACCAUAAACAAUGGCACCUUCACCUGGGCCCAGGACCUGCCCCCCACCCUGCACAGCCUAGACAUCCGAGUGCCAAAGGGGGCACUGGUGGCCGUGGUGGGGCCAGUGGGCUGUGGGAAGUCCUCACUGGUUUCUGCUUUGCUGGGGGAGAUGGAGACGCUGGAAGGCAAGGUGUCUGUGAAGGGCUCGGUGGCCUAUGUGCCCCAGCAGGCGUGGAUCCAGAACGCCACGCUUCAAGAAAAUGUGCUGUUUGGCCGAGCACUGGACUCCAAGCGCUACCAACGGACGUUGGAGGCCUGUGCCCUGGUGGCUGACCUGGAGGUGCUGUCCGGCGGGGACCAGACAGAGAUUGGAGAGAAGGGCAUUAACCUGUCCGGGGGCCAGCGGCAGCGGGUCAGCCUGGCCCGAGCUGUUUACAGUGACGCUGACGUUUUUCUGCUGGAUGACCCCCUGUCGGCUGUGGACUCCCACGUGGCCAAGCACAUCUUCGACCAAGUCAUUGGGCCAGAGGGUGUGCUGGCCAGGAAGACUCGGGUGCUGGUGACCCAUGGAAUCAGUUUCCUGCCCCAGAUGGACUUCAUCAUAGUAAUAGCUGACGGACAGGUGUCUGAGUUUGGCUCCUACCCAGCUUUGCUACAGCGCAAUGGCUCCUUUGCUGACUUCAUCUGCAACUAUGCCCCUGACGAGGAUGAGAGGCAGCAGGAGGACAGCAGAACCGCCUUGGAGGACGAGGAAGUGCUGUUGGUGGAAGACACACUCAGCAACCACACUGACAUGAGCGAGAGAGAGCCUGUCAUCUACGAGGUCCGGAAGCAGUUUAUGAGACAGCUGAGCUCCAUGUCUUCCGAUGGGGAGGGCGUCGGGCGGUCCGUGUCCCGGAAACGCCUGCUUUCAACAGACAAAGGGGCGCUGGCAACGGAGGCGAAGGCGAAGGGGGUGCUGAUCCAGGAGGAGAAGGAGGAGAUGGGCACUGUGAAGAUGACUGUCUUCUGGACCUACGCCAAGGCCAUGGGUCUCCGCACCCUCCUGCUCAUCUGUCUCCUGCACGUGGGGCAAAGUGCAGCGACCAUCGGGGCCAACGUGUGGCUCAGCGCGUGGACCAACGAGGCCAUGGUGCAGGGUGUCCAGAACAACACCUCCCUGAGACUGGGCGUCUAUGCCAGCUUGGGGAUGCUGCAAGGGCUCCUGGUGCUGCUGGCCGCCCUCUUGUUGGCCCUGGGCGGUGUCCAGGCAUCGAGAUUGCUUCACCAGGCACUGCUGUGCAACAGCAUGCAUGCACCGCAGUCCUUCUUCGACACCACGCCCUCAGGCCGGAUCCUCAACCGCUUCUCCAAGGACAUCUACGUCAUCGAUGAGGUCCUGGCCCCCACCAUUCAAAUGCUGCUCGACGUCUUCUUCAACUCCAUCGCCACCCUCGUGGUCAUCGUGACCAGCACCCCGCUCUUUGCCGUGGUCAUCUUGCCCCUGGCUGCCCUCUACAUCUACGUGCAGCGCUUCUAUGUGGCCACCUCAAGACAACUAAAGCGCCUGGAGUCAGUCAGCCGUUCCCCGAUCUACUCCCACUUCUCAGAGACAGUGACUGGGGCCAGCGUCAUCCGGGCCUAUGGCCGCAGCCAGGACUUCGUGGCUCUGGGGGAUGCCAAAGUGGACACCAACAAAAGGAGCGACUACGCCUACAUCAUCUCCAACCGGUGGCUGGGGAUCCGAGUGGAGUUUGUGGGGAACUGCGUUGUGCUCUUCGCUGCCUUCUUUGCCGUGAUUGGGAGAAGCAGCCUGAGUCCGGGACUGGUGGGCCUGUCUGUGUCCUAUGCCCUGCAGGUGACAUUUGCUCUGAAUUGGAUGGUACGAAUGAUGUCAGACUUGGAGUCUAAUAUUGUGGCCGUGGAGAGAGUCAAGGAGUACACUAAGAUCGAGACUGAGGCCCCCUGGGUGGUGGAGGGCCACCGCCCCCCUCAGGGCUGGCCCUCCCAUGGCAAAGUGGAGUUCCAGAAUUACUCUGUGCGCUACCGGCCAGGCCUGGACCUGGUGCUGAAGGACUUGAGUCUGUGCGUGCAGGGUGGUGAGAAGGUGGGCAUCGUGGGGCGCACGGGGGCCGGCAAGUCCUCCAUGACGCUCUGCCUGUUCCGCAUCCUGGAGGCCGCAGGGGGCCAGAUCCGCAUCGACGGCCUCAACGUGGCCGACAUGGGGCUGCAUGACCUGCGCUCUCAGCUCACCAUCAUCCCUCAGGACCCCAUCCUGUUCUCAGGAACGCUGCGUAUGAACCUAGACCCGUUCGGUCACUACUCAGACGAAGACGUCUGGCGGGCCCUGGAGCUAUCCCACCUGCGCGCAUUUGUGAGCGCCCAGCCGGCCGGCCUUGACUUCCAGUGCUCCGAGGGCGGGGAGAACCUCAGUGUCGGCCAGCGGCAGCUCGUGUGCCUGGCCCGAGCCCUGCUCCGGAAGAGCCGCAUCCUGGUGUUAGAUGAGGCCACAGCUGCCAUCGACCUGGAGACUGAUGACCUCAUCCAGGCCACCAUCCGCACCCAGUUUGAGACCUGCACAGUGCUGACCAUCGCACACCGGCUCAACACCAUCAUGGACUACACCAGGGUCCUGGUGCUGGACAAAGGGGCAAUAGCCGAAUUUGAUUCUCCCGUCAACCUCAUUGCCACCAGAGGCAUCUUCUAUGGGAUGGCCAAAGAUGCAGGACUUGCCUGACCCCUGGAAUUCCCUCCUGGCCACUCCUCAGGUUCACCCAGAAAGGAAAUGGUACCAAAUAUGGAUUGGACUGGACGGCUGAUUCGGGGCAGGACAGUGCCCCACAGCAGGCCGAUCCAAUCCCUGUGCUGACUGCUGUUGGUGAGGAAGUGCAGCCCAACAGGUGGAGCGCAGUGCCUGAGGCAGAGCCCGGACUAGUCCCUAGGCCCGAUUCCCAAAUCUGGUGUUAUUUCCACACCGCUCCGCUCACCAUCUCUUUACGAAGCUCCCUCCCUCCCUGCUGACUUUUUUUCCCCCUAUUCCUUAUACAAUUUUUAAAAGAAAAUUCUUCCUCUUGCCCCUGAAGACUGCCAGUCCAGGCUGUCUUUAAGAACCGAGGCCUGUACUUGGCUGGGGUCCAUUGAAAAAGCAGCCCUGGCAGAUGGAGAUGUACUCACCAGCCUCUACCUGGGCCUGUGCACCAGAUUUGGGGGCAGUGCCUUCUUUUGGGGAGUGGGGGUGUUUUUGCAUCCAUCCACAGGGCUGCUCGUCGGAAAGCUUUGGCCCCCAAAUCCUUUGGCUGGAAAUGGUGUCUUCACAACCAGAACUGACUAGGCUAGUGACAGUAAGUAGCCCCUGCUCUGUUGUGCAGGUCGUAUAAAAACAUCGAGAAAUAAAGCCCCUUGAGGUCUGACCGGCGGGCUCUUGGGAGAACUGCCGUGAACACCGCAUCCCUCCAGCCGGUCUCUCCGGGCGCCAAGGAGUCCCCGGUACUCUAUUCCUCAUCCCUUCCAAGUCUGUUCCUGAUGGGACCCCUAACCACUACAGCCCCCCAGUCGUUCAUCUCCCUCUGCCGGCCCGAGCGGAGCGUGCCAGCCUCGAGAAGGCCUGAGGCCGCCACCUGGGAAGGGAGAUGUGAGGGGUGAAUUCGCUGGGCUCUCAGGCCGCCAACAGAGGGAGGUUCAUUUUCUGCAGCUUGGAGUCCAGCUGCCUAAGGCCUCUCUGAUGGGGGAUCCAUGUCUUUCCUCUGUCACCUUGUCAUGUUGGGUCUCUACCUUUCAUGUCCCUGCCUUUGAUUCUUGUUUGCGGCUGGUGUCCCCCCCCUCCCCCCACGAAGACAAGCAGGUGUGGAGCUGGAGCCUUAGAUCCGGCCUUUCUGUAUGCUCUGGGGCGGCCUGUGCUGCAGGACUAUUUGUUAAAGGUUAAUCACAUUU